UUCUUUUCCUCCAUCCACUCCUCCUGCCCCGCUCCCUCUCUCACCCUUCCCGAUAAUUACUCGGGUCUGAGGUAGAAAACCGCAGCCCCCUUCCCCUCUUCCCUGCCCCGAAAGGGUUUAGAAGUGGAGGCGGAGGUAGGUGGGAAGACGAUUGAGGACGGACCGGAAGCGCUGCUGAAGGAACAUGGCGGAAGGGGGCAGCCACAGGUUCGUCCACGCUCUGAGCUGAGCUCAGCCGGCGCCCGAGAUGUCGCAGGCCACCAAGAGGAAGCACGUGGUGAAGGAGGUGUUGGGCGAUUACCCGCCCCCCUCGGAGAAGCAGCAGAUCGUGCGGGUGGUGGGAACGCCGGGGAACAACCUGCACGAGGUGGAGACGGCACGGGGAGAGCGCUUCCUCGCCAGCAUGCCCACCAAGUUCCGCAAGAACAUCUGGAUCAAGCGAGGCGACUUCCUGAUCGUCGACCCGAUCGAGGAGGGGGAGAAGGUGAAGGCGGAGAUCGCCUCCAUCCUGUACAAGGAACACAUCAAAGAGCUGCAGCAGCAAGGAGCCUGGCCUGCCAGCUUCUCAGAACCAGCGAGCCACGAAAGCACCCAGAGAGAGCUCAGCACUCGGGGAUCGGAGGAGGAGACGGAGGGCAAGUCAGAGGACGACGACGACGACUCUGAAGACGACGGGGACCUGUUUGUGAACACGAACCGCAGGAACUACGAGUACUGGGAGAGCGAAGAGGACAGCGAGGGGGAAGAGGAGAGCGAGGGGGAGAAGGUGUGAGUGGGUGGUGCCUGAUUGUGGGGUGUGGGGGGGGGCAGAUGUUUUUGCAUGAAGCUCGAGCUCCAGUUGAGACGACCAAGGAUGGUUCUUCCCAAAUGAGCGCCCUUCACACCUUCCCUUCAGCUGGGACGUACCAUCAGGGUCCAAUGCUACACAGGGCAGAGAGCUGGCAUGACCACAGUGCACUCCCCUGGCCGCGGGUAAAUUAUUUCCUAGCCCACCCUAUCUAUUGAAUCCUGUAACAUUGUGGGGGCGGGGGGAGAGGAGACAGGAUUUAGACUGACUGGCUUUAACUCUUGAGCAGGGGGGCCUGCUGAGGAACGAGGGACUGGAACACGCGUUCCUCACCCCAACUGACAAUGGGUAUCGGUCAUCUUUUUCGCCUCAGCUCCCACCAGCCAAGAAGAAAAUCAGCCGGCAGAUAAUUUUGCUGAUCUAAUGUAUUCUCUACCACACCGCCCCACGGUGAUGGGGGAGAAAAUGUUUUGUUUUUGUAUAAAAAAAUAAAAAGUUACAGAGACGAGUAGUGUCCCGUGU